CAGGCACGAAAUUAUCAGUUUGACGCUCCGCGUCAAAACACAAUGCCAUUUAUGUUGAUUUUUUCUUUUACGAAUUAAAACAUUUCACUUGAAAAUAAUGAAGUUUGCUGAACACCUAUCAGCCCAUAUUACUCCAGAAUGGCGCAAACAGUACAUUACUUACGAGGAAAUGAAAGCGAUGCUUUAUGCUGCAGUAGAACAAUCACCAUCCGCAGAACUAGUAGAGCCGGACAUUUUAACCAGAUAUUUUGCAAAGUUUGACGAACGCUUUUUCAGUUUUUGCGAUAAGGAAUUAACAAAAAUCAAUACAUUUUAUUCUGAAAAGUUAGCAGAAGCGACAAGAAAAUGCGCAAAUCUCAAAAGCGAACUGAGCGAAACUCAGGAUAACGAGUUCAAAGGAAAAAGUAGCAAAAAUUUAAUCAAAAACAAUAUUUUACGGAAACGCAACGUUCCGGCCAGGAAAAUGCAAGAGCUGAAGCUAGCAUUUAGCGAAUUUUAUUUGAGCUUGAUUCUGUUGCAGAAUUAUCAAAAUUUGAAUUUUACCGGGUUUAGGAAAAUUUUGAAAAAACACGAUAAGCUUUUAUCAGCCGACAUUGGCACGCGAUGGCGAAUAGAAAACGUAGAAAGUUCCCAUUUUUACACGAACAAAGAUAUAGAUAGACUGAUUAGAGAAACCGAGGCUACUUUCACGCAAGAUCUCGAAGGAGGCGACCGCCAAAGGGCCAUGAAACGACUAAGGGUGCCCCCUUUAGGUGAACAACAAAGCCCUUGGACUACGUUCAAAGUGGGACUAUUUUCGGGGGCUUUCUUUACACUUUUAGCUGCUGUAAUUUUAUCGGGGGUAUUUCGGACGCCCAAAGAAGACUGGAGACUGGUUACUCGUUUGUAUAGGGGUCCGUUGCUUAUAGUCGAAUUUAUGUUUUUGUGGGGCAUUAAUAUUUACGGGUGGAGGACUUCGGGGGUUAAUCACGUACUAAUUUUCGAAAUGGAUCCUAGGAAUCAUUUGUCGGAGCAACAUAUUAUUGAAUUGGCCGCUGUUUUUGGAAUCAUGUGGUCGAUAUCGGUUUUAGGUUUUUUCUACAGUGACCACUUAGGUAUGCCAGCUUUGAUUCACCCGCUGGCCCUUAUAGUACUGAUGUUAAUGUUUGUACUAAAUCCGACAAAGACUUUCAGGCAUGAGGCGCGAUUUUGGGCCCUGCGAGUCUUGGGUAAAGUGAUAGCUGCUCCAUUUUUUUACGUCACGUUUGCCGAUUUUUGGCUAGCGGAUCAGCUGAACAGUUUGGUCACUUUAUUUACGGAUUUCCAGUAUUUUGUUUGCUUUUAUGCUACCAACGGAAGCUGGUCAGAAGGAAAAGAAGUCAAUUAUUGCGUGGAAAAAUUCUCAGGGAUCAGAGCCUUCAUGGCCUGUCUACCUCCUUGGUUCAGAUUCGCUCAAUGUCUCAGAAGGUAUCGAGACACGAAAGAAGCUUUUCCUCACAUAGCAAACGCUGCAAAGUACGCUACUUCCUUUUUCGUUGUGAUAUUUUCUACUUUAAAUAAGUUAGACGGAUAUAAUUCCCAAAGCGAUGAUAAACUUUCGCCGUUUUUCUAUUUGUGGAUAGCCGCUUCGUUGUUGAGCACGUUUUACGCUUACACUUGGGAUAUAAGGCUCGAUUGGGGACUUUUGGAUGCCAAAGGGGCCGAUAAUAAAUUUCUUCGGGAGGAAAUCGUUUAUUCAGCCACAUGGUUCUACUAUUUCGCAAUAUUCGAAGACCUGAUCCUACGAUUCGGCUGGGCGUUCCUGAUCGGAAUGACCGAAAUGGGCUACGCCAUGGAGAAUUCGAUGGUGUGCAUUCUGGCUCCGCUAGAAGUGUUCCGUAGGUUCGUUUGGAAUUUUUUCCGAUUGGAAAACGAGCAUCUGAACAAUUGCGGCAAGUUCAGAGCGGUGCGCGACAUUUCGGUAGCUCCGCUGGACACUUCGGAUCAGACUUUGCUGAUACGCAUGAUGGACGAAACCGACGGAGUAACGAACAGGAGGAAGAGGAAAAAUAGGCGUAAAGCAGGAGAGCACAGGGUGACUUUGGACACUGGAGAAUCGACUGAUGACUUGGAAAAUUAGACAAUGUUUUUUGUUUUAAUAUAAAUUCAAGUCUUGUUGGGUACCUAGGUACUCUAUUUUUUUCUGUAAAUAAACGUUAUCUAGUUGUAAUGAUAA